GGAGGCGCCUUCUAUUUCUUGGAGCACGUGGCUGCCGAUCCUUCCAGCUGGAAGUAUUUUUGGCAGCAGGUCUGCUACCCGACUUGGAAACUCCUCUUUGAUGGAUGCUGCCUAACGAGAGAGAUAUGGAAGAAUCUCGAACAGGCCAACUUCUCGGAGCUGAACUUACAACACAUAAGCAUAGAGCUGCCCUGGACGCCCAUCCGGCCUCACAUCGUCGGCUACGCAGUGAAGUAA